ACUGAAAUUGAGUAGCUAAUUAUGGUAAAGUUGUUUUGAGGUCAUUCAAUACUGUUAAAUGAAUUUUUGUACAGAAACAUACAUUGUGGAAUAUCAAUCAGCAUUGCUUUACAAUAGAAAGAUCUUGUAUCGUUAUUUUAGUUUUCAUGUUGACGUAUAUUUACAAGAAUGUAAUGAAUAUCAUAAUUUUUUUCAAUAUAGUCUCCAUUGCCGCAUUUGUCUUCCUGGGAUUCAUAGCCAUUUAAAUAUGUAUAAUAUAUUUGUCACUAUUGGCUCGAGUGAGGGCUUCGAGUAGAGCUGCAUUAAUUCCGAAUUUAAUCUUCUUUCUUACUGUAUAUUUUUAUCUUUACACAUAAAUUAAGAUGAUGAAGACUUCCAAUACUGACUUCCAAUACUCAUGAAGCUUCCAAUACUGACAUGGCAGAAGCAAAUCCACCUGAAGAACUGCGGCUGGCAGCAGAGCCACGAGUUAUUAACAAUGUUUUCCACAUUGGUGCAAUAAAUAAUGAAUACCAUCAUCAUCAUGGAGAUAUAAUACAUAAUCACGUAUCUCCACCUGCUCGCGGCAUAGCUACUCAACUGGAAAGCCAAACUUCUGGUGGAGGCACAGAAACGAUGGACAGAUAUCAACUCAACGAAAUGGCUGAUAAAGGACACGAAGCACUUUUACAUGAAAAUGAAGAAGCGUCCAAAUUUAUCAGCAUAUACCGGAAAGAAGUGGUUGCAAUACCGGAAGAAAAUAAAGACGAUUGGGCCAACGUUUUAUCAGUAGUUAGUAAAACAUGGGAGACACUCUACAAUGAGAUAAUGAUAGACAUUCGCGACAAGAACAUGGAAGGUGGAGACAGAGUGAGAAAUGCUCUGGCUUCAAUAUGCAAACAUCUGAAGAGGCAAAGUUUAGAAGAACUUGUAAUAGAAGAUGAUUUUUUGCGACAAUUUGUUGGUAAAGUAAAAGAUGUAAUGAACAUGGGGAGUAUAUUAGCGGAAAAACAGUUGAAUAUUCUUUCUAUCAUCUGUUUUUAUGUUGCUGCAAAACUGCAUCACAUCAGUACAAAACGAAAUUUCUCUGUUCUGGGAAUAAAGGAGACUGUAGAAAAAAUAACAUCAAUUAUUAAGAAAAUCACCAAAGAGGACAACAUGAUGAAAAAAGUCAUUAACUGUUGUGUUCUACCCCUCCUGCUGGAGAUGUCUGAGUUGGUACCAUGCGUUGCAGAUGAAGAGUCAAAAGUGAAAUUCAUUAACAAAGUCUGGUGUUUAUAUAACGUCGCUCUCUGCUAUUACUACUGUGAUAUUCGAGAGAAAUCUGUGACGGUCAACUUAUCCGUCACUCAACUUAUGGAAAAGGAAUAUAACAACGACGCCGUCAAACGUCGAGUAUUCGGACAUUGUCAUCACAAUGCUGCACUUGCUUACAGCGAAAACAAUCAAUUUGGUGAAGCAAUUGAACAUUACAGGGUGGCCGUCGAGUCUUAUGAGAAAGCCACUGAUUGGGCCAGUGAAAACCGUAUGAAUGAAAAAGUCAAACUCACGAAAGAAUAUCUGAGAAGAGCAGAAUACGCAAAAAUUGACAUAUAUAUAAUUAUAUACAUGAAAACACGUUUCACUUGUUCUAUUACGUACAGUUCAGUGUUAAUGAAUAGACUGCUAAUAACCAGAGUAAAGUGUAAAAAAAAGUUAGACCAGCGCCAAAGCUUAAGUAGCUGAAUGUGGUAAUUUUGUUUUUUCGUCCUUGCUCGGAAUUAUUCACAAAACUUAAUAUUUAUAUUCAAUAUACUUUCUAAUAUUUUGUGUUUAAAUGAAAAAUGCUAUUCAGAACAAUGUAGAUGAUUGCUUUGUAUACAAGUGUAGGUGAUGGCGAAUCUAACUUCAGAAUGUGCUAUAUGUUUGAAUAUACACGUUUUGCUAUUCAAAUGCAUUAGCAGUUUUAUACAAAUAAAAAUGAAUCGAAAAUUGCUCGGUUCAACAGUUUAUGUGUGAUGCGUGGUUCUUCUAUUACGGGGUCUGUUUAUAAAUACGCUACAAUUAUUGAGGCCAAAAGACUGCUGCAAUUUCAGGGAUUGGCAAAUUAGAAGGCGUGCCAGUACGGAAUUUAGAUUGAUCUUGGAGAUUUGGACUUCAGUUAUUACAUAUAUAUUCUGACUUAUUUUUCUUCCAAAAGAAAUAUCUUAUUGAUUAUCUUAUACUCUUACUUUUGAUAACAGCAUUGGUUUGCUCCAUAACCGUAUGUAUUGUAUCACAAUCUUGUAAGGUUUUACACUGGUAAUGGAGUAGG